GAGGGAGGGAUAAUAAGCAUUUGGAAGGAAAAGGAAGAACGAAAAUUAAUUCAUUUUUACGUUUCCAUCUGCCCCCACGCGGGAUUAAGGUGCCACGAAAGGAUCGUUAGUAAACUCACUACAACACACCCACAGCACAUUCUCCAGCACGGCGCGGUGAAGCUUAGACUGGUCCAGCUUUAGAAGCGCACCAACCGGCACAAACAAGCACCCAGCAGGGCGUCGCAGCCUCCAACGGGCACCCUGAAGAAACCAUUUGGGGUGUUAAAGCGGGCGAGGACCAUGGAGGGCCCAGUCAACGGCUCAGAACUCCGGAGCCAGCUCCCUGCAGUCAGCCACAACAUCAGCUUCUGUCGGAACUUCACUGACAACGGCAGCUUUUCUGAGACGCGAUGCGACGAAAACAUUGGACUGACCAGCAGCCUGGAGGAAGACGCCAACCCGGUGAUCAUUGCGAUCAUAAUCACCGCUCUUUACUCCAUAGUUUGCAUGGUGGGGCUGGUUGGUAACGUGCUGGUUAUGUACAUCAUUGUAAGGUACACUAAAAUGAAAACUGCCACCAACAUCUACAUCUUUAACCUGGCUUUGGCAGACACCUUGGUCACUAGCACGCUACCCUUCCAGAGCGUUAACUACCUGAUGGGCACCUGGCCAUUCGGCGACAUACUGUGUAAAAUGGUGAUGUCCAUCGACUACUACAACAUGUUCACCUCCAUCUUCACGCUCACCACCAUGAGCAUUGAUCGCUACAUCGCUGUGUGCCACCCGGUCAAGGCGUUAGACUUCAGGACACCGCGGAACGCUAAGAUCGUCAACGUCUGCAACUGGAUCCUCUCAUCAGCCAUUGGGCUGCCUGUGAUGUUCAUGGCCUCUUCUGCCAUGACCUCCUCCAACAUUAUCGACUGUAAGCUGAUUUUCCCCCAUCCCUCCUGGUACUGGGAGACCCUUAUGAAGAUAUGCGUGUUCAUCUUUGCCUUCAUCAUGCCUGUCCUUAUCAUCACCGUGUGCUACGGACUGAUGAUCCUGCGACUCAAGAGUGUUCGAAUGCUGUCAGGCUCACAGGAAAAAGACAAGAACCUCAGAAGAAUCACCCGCAUGGUCUUGGUCGUAGUAGCUGUCUUCAUCGUCUGCUGGACCCCAAUUCACGUCUUUGUCAUCAUCACAGCUCUGAUAAAUAUUCCCAGCUCCACCCUCCAGACUAUCACUUGGCACUUCUGCAUUGCCCUGGGCUACACCAACAGUAGUCUGAACCCAGUUCUUUAUGGCUACCUUGAUGAGAACUUCAAGCGUUGCUUCCGUGAAUUCUGCACCCCCAGUCCAUCAGUGCUGGAGAUACAAAACUCAUCCAGAACUGGAGCCACCAGCCGCAAAGUCCCAAAGCGCGAAAGUAACAGCCCAAACACGGGCGAGAGGUCGAAUCAACAGGUAUGACUAGCCUUGGAGGGGUCGUCGGUGGAUUCUCGCUAUUGCGGAGGAGCUGCCAACGACGAUCUCAACUCUGAAGUAACGCAGGUCACCACAGGGCUUUAAUUACUGAACGGGAACCACACAUGUAUGCCUCAAAUACAGAACAAGGCUGACACUGAGGAGCACGGAUGACCUCUCCCACUCCCUGCUCUCCUUUGUAUUUCUGCUUGGACUCGUGUUAUAAACCUGCAAAGCCAUGCUUGAGGAUUAAAAAACAAAUUAGUUUGUUUUUAAAGGAAAGGACAGGUGUAGACAGGUAUUUUCUGGUAACAAGACUAUUAAAUUAAUUGAUCUAUAAACCCACUUUUACAACCUGUUAUUGUGGUUCUUUCUGCCUUAUUAAUCUUAGCCACUGGGCAUAGACAUCAGCUUAUCUCUAAUGCUUUAUGAUGAGCAAACAAAUUCAUGUUCAUUUGCUUCCAUGCUACUUUGGCUCCAGAUGUCUUUUAUAGGAGAAAUUUUGCUUAAAACUGUUGUAAAGAGUGGGUUUAUAUUUGUCACGGCUGAAAGGCCUCUCUGCCUGUAUAAAGACUUGACUGAAUGUGAGGUAAAUACAAAAUUAUUUAUCUCAGCUGUGCUCUUCAACCUGCUUUUGUAUGGUUGCAGCAGGGGUUCUCUUGACCACCUGAACACAAAUCAUUGAUCUGCUCUGCGCAGCUACUGUUUCAGCCUCUUCAGGGUAUGCCAUGUGUUGCUUUGCAGCUCAGCCCAGUCAGCGUUUGUUCUUUUCAUUUAAAAUACUGCUAAAAAUGGUUAAUAAAACUGGCACCUGGGUAUUGUAUGAUCUUUUUUUCUGCAAAGCCAGAGCAACUUCUGAAUGUACAUAAAGGGAACCAUUUGUGUUUGUCGCAGUGACUUAUUGUGCCAAACCGUGCUUUAAACCAGCAAACAAGAUUUCUCUGCCUGUUUGUGCAGUAUGCAAACUGUGCCAUUUAAGUACAAGUACCUGGCCCUGCUAGUGUAUGAUUAACCACAGUUACAGCAGCUAUGGCUUUUAAAUUGAGUAAUUUCUCCUGCAGAGAACCUAAAAGUGAGCCAAACAGGCGUGUGCAGGAAAAUUGUCUUGUAUCUUUAUGUAUAUGCUUAUGCUGACAUGUCGUGUAACUACAUGCAAAAUGCCUUGCUCUGCUUGUUACUCUCUGAACCAUAUUUUUUAUAAGGUUCUGUAAAAAUGAACUAUUUCUAUUAAUGGUGCAUGUGAAGUAGCGUAAGCAUUCAUCUGCUUAUUUUUAGAUGGUAAAAGCAAAAUCAUGAAAAUUGUUGUCUUAGAAUUGAUUUUUUUUGUAUCCCUAAAACUGUGUUUGACUGCAAACGGUUUAAAAUCAAUGUUAAGUGGACAAAUGUUCUGCUUUGUGUAAAAUGUGCUGCUGAUGUUACACUGUGAAGAUAAUUGGUCCAUUCAAACAUACAUGGCUGUAAAAAAACUUGACUGUAAUUGUUCAGUGUUGGCUCGAAAUAUGACAAUGAAAAGAAGCAGCAACGUUUUCUUCUGAGCUGCCACAUGCUGUAAGUCCCAUGACGUGUUUGUUAAGAGCUUUUUAGAGCACUAAGCUCAAAGAAAUGCAGCAACAUUUCCAUACAUCCAGUGGAGCAUUAAACAUGAAUGUAAUUGCUUCAUUUUAUCUCCAGGGAGACUUGUAACAUCUCCAGGAACUUAAGUAAGCCACAGCACAUACACUGUUACUGAGAUACUUUACAAACAAUAAUUACUACCUACUCUUAUUUGGCACUGUGGGUAAGAUCCAACCCAUUUAGGUUUCUGAAUCAAACACCCUUAAUCUUACAUGUAAAGUUGGAUCCAAAAUUAGCAAUGCCAGGCCCCUUAAAUGUAUAAUUUUUUUUUCCAAUAAAAUUUCCACUUGAAGGAUCCAGACUGUUGCACAUCGCAAUUUUUUUUUUUUGGCUCGUGUUAGGUUCAGAACUAACAUACUGUAGAGCUUUUAUUUUUUGCUGUGAAAAUAAAGUUUCAUUGCAAGCUUGCUACUGUAGCUGCAGAAUUACUUAAGCUGAUAUCAGCUGUAGCUAGAGAUAAUUCAUAUGCUAAACCAAAAUAUUAGAGGUAAUUUAACUAUGGAAACAAAUUGCAUAGUUAAUUUUAUUCCACCAACAGCAGGAGCUUCAUUGGGAAAAGUUUUAUUUUGCAAAGAGAAUAUCAACAGAUUUGGACGAACCCUAUACAUGCAGUAAGGAUCUUGUCCUAUAGGCCUGAUCUAUAUCAGUAAAAGUUAUAUAGCAUUGCCCAAAUUUAAAGGUUGCUUUUUUCCUCCAUUCCCCUUACAUGCCCUUUUAGUGACCCGAGGUGUAAAAUUAGUUUGCCUCUAUUUAUUGUAGUUCCCACUACAGACUCAGUAAUGAGAAAGUGCUGCAGGGUGUAUUCUGGGAGCAUGUGCCUGCCUGUGAUGUGCGAUGCACUUUCAUUCACCUGGCUAAUUUGUUGAGUCUUCAACACUACUAAAGCGUUAGUGAGACAACAUGGGCUGCUGCUUUUGAAGAUAGAUCAGAAAAGACCAGCUAAAAAUGUGGAUGAAACCGCCACAGAUUCCACACAAGAGAGAAAAUAAAAUAAUUGUCUGGCACUACAAAAAGGGCCAAAUUAGACUCUGAUGAGUGACAAAAUAACAAAAUGCAAAUAUUUGGGAUGCUUUUAAAAAAUAAGGAGCUCAGAUAUGUGCUACAAAUGAAAAGGGAUCUUCUUGCUAAAAGAAAAGGUAAGAUGCUAACAGAUAAUUACAUUCAUAACUUUCUUACCUCAGAUGACAUUAUGCUUUAUAGCAAAAGACCUUGGCAGUCCCAGCAAAAAAAUGCAAUGCUUCUCUUCUUCUCCAGUGCACAGGAACAACACUGACUUGAACUUAUAUAUAAAAAAAAAAAAAACUUUCACAAUGCUCCUUUAAAAUCAAUCUUUCAUCUCUGGAUAUCUUUGAAAUGUUACAAUUGGUCUCUGCAUGUUUCUUCAUAAUAACUUACCUUUUUCUGGUAAAUUAUGGAAAUUGUUUUUCUUACCAAAAAUCUCUGAUAGAUACCUAAAAAAGUCAACCUUGCACCAACGCAUAUAUGAUCAUGUGAGAAUAUUUCAAGAAUUAGUGGAGUAUUUUAUAUCCCAAUUGAUUUCUUGUUUUACAUAGGUCACUGCAGUGAUCCAAGAACUGUUAAAAUAUGUUUACCACUGUAUUACAUUGAUUUUGGUACAUUUCUCCAUAAAGGGUCCUAUCAACAUUAAUAUUUUUUGUUCUAACAUACAUGCACAGCAUCUAAAGCACAGUGCACGUUUAACACUAGGAGGCGCUAAAAACAAGAAGCUAAUACUAUUAAAAGCUUUGAUGUUUUUUAUUGGUGUUAAAACUCUUUAACUCAUAUAUGAGCAGAAGCUAAAAAUAUUACUGCACAGUUCAGACAGCUGUAUUGUCGAUGUUAAGGAUUCUCUUGGAUUUUUUGGGGAUGUCAGUAUCUAAUUAAUCUGAUAUAAAGAAGACUCAACAUCCAUCAGGAAAGAGGAGCAUCAUCAGGGACGAGAUGGACUCUGACCUCAUUCCUUUUAUCGUCUCUUUAAGACAUGUACACUUUGAAAAAACACACAAAAGAUGAAGAAAUAACUGAGUUAUAUUUUUGUUAAAUUAUUAAACUACAGA